UCCGACUCUUCCGCCUUACCAACCUUUAAUCCCACCUUUCGAUUUACACGACUCCUCUGCGACUCCAUCUUCCCCAGACUUUCCUCUCAUGCGACAGCGAACAUGACCAUCAUCGGCGCCCGCGAUAUCCUUGCCUGGCCCGGCGGCGACAACUCGUCCGACACGGUCCUCUCCGGCCUCCACUUCAACCUCACAACCCUCGAGAACUGGAACUACACUCUAUACUCCAACGGCACCCUGUCCAACGGCACAAAGUGUUACCUUAGUUUCGAACCUUAUGCGCCAGCCUUCAUCUUCCCCAACGGUACCUUUGUCAAUGCCACACAGUGCUGGCAUCCCGUCUACCCCAUCGGCGCCCGUGCCGGCACCGGCCUAGGUUUCGCCGUCGCAUUCGGUCUUGGUCUGGUCUUGACUCUGGUCGCCUUGAACAAACAUGGAAAGCUUCACCUGCCCUCGGAGAAACGAUUCCAUCCUAUCGGUCGCAGAUGGCAAUGGUACUGGGCCCUCUUUACUUGCGCCACCGCUUUGAUCAGCCUGUUUACGAAUAUCGAUGUCGACCGAUACUAUUUACCCGAGAUUCCCAUCGUGCUUACCAGCUUCUUUUGGUAUUUGAUGCAGAUAGGUGCCAUUGCUUGCACAUGGGAGGCAGUAAGACACUGGGGCAGUUGGAUGGAAAGACAGUUUAUCGACCCGAACCCCUUCCGCCUCCGCCAGGAAGGCCGUCGAUACUGGGUCGAGCUCUUAAUCCCGCUCUUCGCAUAUUUGUUCAUGUGGUUGAACUUCUUCAUCGUCGUCCCCCGAUCCUGGGGCAAAAUCGAACACCAGCGCUACCCCGAACAAAUCAUCACCGACGCCGAGCCCACCGCUACCGACAACCGCUUCAAGUCCGCUCCCUUCUUCCUCUUCGCUACCUGGCUCAUCACCGUCUUCUCCCUCUGGCACUCCAUCAGACACUACUGCCCGCGCAACCGAGGCAUCAUCAACCGCACCAUCGGCCUCUUCAAGUUCACGCCGACUCGCUUCAUGCUGAUCAUCCCGCUUGCCUUCAUCGUGCCCUUAUUCCAAGCCAUGGCAGCUUGGAACUUUGCCUGGAGUCCGCUCAACGUCAAGGGAAAGCCCGAAGCCAUCUACCCAGGCGGCUAUGCGCCCGCGCUGCUUAUUGUUAUCAUCCAGGGAAUCUACGGAUUGACAUCACCAAACGAAGACCGCGAACUAAUCCGCCAGCGCCGCGAGCGCGGCCAAAUUCUCGACGCCGAACUCGGUAUCCAGCGUAAACCAGCAUGGUGGCGCCGCGUGAACGAAGCCGCAGCAGGCCCGAACGAAACCAUGCGCGACAGAAUCAUGCGCAACGUGCGCGAGAUCGGCGGCGGGGGACCUACCGCUCGGAACCUCUAUGAAUCCAUCCACACCCGCGCUGCCGAAUCUGGAGAACCGCGAUCACCGAACGCACCCAACAGCCCGGAUGAUGUCGAGAUGGUUAGCAUCCCCUCGCCUCAACAUGUCGUGGGGGUAACGGGCCCGAUUGCGCCAGGGGACUUUGCUACGGCGAGACAGACAGCGACGAGGUAUGCGGGCAUGACGCCUAGUGCGGCGAGUAGGCAGGCGGAGUUGAUGAUGGAUGGACCACGGGGGACGGUACCGCCGCCGCCGCCGUAUACGGAUCGACCGGGGGUCGGGGAGACGGGGAGGAAUCAUAGUGUGGUGUCGUCGACGAGCCCGAGUAUUACUUCACCGCCGGUGCAGGUUAGGAGUAUGUUGGAUGUUUAAUCAAGAGCAGUCACGUCUUGGAUAAGGAAGGGUAGAGGUGUAAAAGAGAGUGGCGGAGGGGGAUACCAGUUUGCAUUCAUUGUCGAUAUUACACGAUACAUAAGACACGCGGCAGCGAAAGCCUGUUGGGAGAAAGGGUGUUGACGCGGCGCCAAACACACUGCCUCCGUCAUGCCUGAAAACGGGCAGGAUGACGAUAGGUAUUCAGCUUAUCCAGGCACCAAGGAUAUCCCAAAGGGGA